UUGAGAAUUUUGCUCAAAACGGUGCUUGAUCCUGUACAAAUUAAAGACGCUGAACGGAUUGGAGCUCUUUUUUCACUGGUGCAUUCAGCGCUCUGUACUCAGAAGAGAAUGAAAAUAUCCCGCAUGAAAACGACAGAGUACAACAAUAUGCAACAGAUGAGACUCUAUGUUCAAGUUGAAGGUGAUGCAAUUAUGUCUCGCGAUGGUGACAUUUGCCAAGAAGCAAUUGAUUUAACCGCAACCAUGGCAGAAAGAGGUCAUCAGGUGAACGUUGUCUAUCAAACCGUGCUCAACUACGAUCACCGCAAAGUUGUCAAAUUCCUGGUUUAUCACGUAUCAAUAAUACCAACGUUGGAAAUUGCGUUUCCCGAGAAAUGGAAGGUGGGACUUCAAGGCGUUAUCGAUUCACUUGGUUUGGCAAACUCUCAUGUGACGAACUUCCAGGUUCCUUUGUUUCAUGAUCAAAUUACAACUGAAGAACGAGUUAAGGGAGUCGCAGAACCCAAAAUGCAAAAUUCCUUUUUCAGUAGGUUCACUGAUAACAUUCAUGUCGAGAUCAUGUUAAAACACCUGUUGCCUGCUCUCGUACUCGGGGAAUUUCACUGUUUCCCGUACACUCACGUAUAUGGAUACAACGACGGGUUGUUCAGCCGAGUAAAAGCAUUUGUGCCCAAAACUUCCAUUCAAACACCGCGAAGCUCUGAAUAUUCCGAUUUGGCAUUGGUGGAACUCUUCAAGUCCACUUGGAGCGAGUUAAGCUUCUCGCUGUAUACACAUAAAGACGAACCCACCUACGGCCUUUUGAUCUUACGAGAUGAAAACCUUGCGGAACCUAAUGCACUUUUUAUAACCGGAAACAACGUUCGUUACGAUGUAACGUUCGUCGGGACA